AACCUCAAACCCAAAAAAAAUCCUAUCAUUUAGAAAAACAACCCAUCCAAAAAAAACAACAACCACCGCCACCUAAAAGAAUGACAGCGCCGCCAUCUAAAACACAAAGAACAUGCUCACAGUGCGGCCACAACGGCCACAACGCUAGAACUUGUACUGAACUUUCCGGUGCUCUUCCACCUCCUACACCUGGAUUCAUGCUAUUCGGUGUCAGAUUAACCGCCGCAGAAGGCUCUGUUUCGCCUUCUUCACCGCCGAUUUCUCCGUCGUCUUCAUCGUUGUCGUCGUCUUCGUUCUUUCGUAAGAGUAUGAGUAUGAAUAAUCUUUCUCAAUAUGAACAACGACAACAAGAUCAACACAAUUUUCCCCUCGAUUCUUCUAAUAUUAAUAACGUUGUUCCUUCUGGCUAUGCUUCCGACGACGCUCUUCACGCUUCUGGUUGUCAAACCCGGGACCGCGAACGCAAAAGAGGAACUCCCUGGACAGAAGAAGAGCACAAACUAUUUUUGAUGGGGUUGGAUAAGGUAGGAAAAGGAGAUUGGAGAGGGAUAUCUAGGAACUAUGUCAAGACAAGAACACCAACCCAAGUUGCUAGUCAUGCUCAAAAGUAUUAUCUCCGGCGAACCAACCAAAACCGCCGUCGCCGUCGCUCCAGUCUCUUUGACAUCACUACUGAUACGUUGAGCCGUUCAUCAAGUGAGAGUCAAUUAGCAAGCCUAGACACAACUUGUCAUCAACUAAAGGCAAGUGCACUUCAUCAAGCAACACAAUUUCCUUCCCCUUACCCUCCUUCAUUUUCAACCAAACACAGCCGUUCAAUUCCGGUCCCACCUUCCUCAAAGAUGGCCAGUCUUAAUCUAAACCAAUCACCAACAACGUCGUCACCAUCAUCAUCAACAUCAACCUACAAUACUAACAACAAAGAAAUAGAAUAUGAACCAUUCCUUUCCCUCAAGCUCUCACAACAAGCACCGUCAGAUGAGGAAUCGUCGAGGCGAUCCCCCACCUUUCGAGGAUUCAACGACAGUGGUGGAGAUAGCAUUAUUAGUGUUGCUUGAAAGAGAAUAAUAAAAAGAAUAUGAUUAUGAAGAUAAUGAUUAGAUUACAUAUUUGUUUGGGUUGUAAAGGGUGGUGGUGAUGAAGAUAAGUUUCUUUAGAUCAUAUCAUAUUACUAUAUUAGUAUCAUCAUAUAUAAUUAAUCAUAUUAUAGUCAUGUGAUUAGUCAAAAUGCUAUGAUUUCAGAUAUGAUUUUUGCAAGUAUUUUUUAGGUGAUUCCUUUUGGUUGUACAGGGCAAGAGGUCCAAAGUGAUGCAAUAUGUGGACACAAGUUGAGUGAACAUCGUUUUCUUUAUGUUGUUUUUGCCUUUGUAUUCACUCUUAAUUUUGUUUUGUUUUGUAUUUUGGUAGGAUUUUUUUAAUUUUUUAUAUAAUAUCGUGUCACGUUAAUUUUUGGAUUC